UUCAGAGAAAAUGUAUAAUAAUUUUUGAUCUCUGAAACCUAGACUGGGCAUUAUUGAAACUUAAAGUACAAAACAUGGCUCAAUCACCAACUGUUGUUGGUUCUAAGGGGUCUGGGACCAAUUGCCACACUCCCAUGUCGGAACGUCAACAGUUGGCAUUAAUCAAACAAAUGGAGAAAAGUGGGUCUUCAUCUACUAGCAGUGAAUGUAGUCCUUGCAUAACCUCUCCUCCAAGAACUCCCCUGGGAGUCCUCAACGGAACUUUCUCCACUCCAAACUCCAGGAGUACUCCGGUGUCAGGCAGUAAGGGGACACCCCUCUCAGGGAACAAGGGAACCCCUUCCACUACAUCAGGGACACCCAGGACACCGGCAGAAGAGAGAGUGUUGAAAAAGGUGUGUAAAAGAAAUCAUCGAGGAGAGACACCACUGCACUGUGCUGCAAUUAAAGGGAACAUUGGUUUGGUGAGAAAACUAUUGAGACUUGGUGCGGAUCCUAACUCUCAAGAUAACGCAGGUUGGACCCCGCUCCAUGAAGCCUGUAAUAAAGGGAUUGUGAGUGUUGCAAGAUUACUGAUCCAGGCUGGAGCUAACGUUGGAAUACCUGGAAUGUUUAAAGAAACCCCGCUCCAUGACGCUUCUAGGAAUGGACAUUACAAGGUUGUGAAGCUACUUUUAAACUCUGGAGCUGAUAGAGAAGCGCUAAAUUCCGAUAGGAAAACCCCCCUGCAGGUUGCGUGUAAUCCUGAGAACCCCUGUCAGAACCCUGACCUACCCCGAGUAGUUAAACUACUCCAAGGAACCCUAGACCAGGUGUCUCCGGACAAGGAGGAGGAAGGAGCUGAAGACUGGAGACGGGACGGAGAAGGAGUUAAAUCCGGAGAAGCGUUCCGGCGUGGUCAACUGUUCGGUGAAAUGGCAUCGGGAGAGGAGGUUACUAGUUCAACUGUACAGAGAGAAGAGGAUGUUUAUGAGUUUAAGACUAGUAGUAAGGAGGCCACGCCCACCUCCUCCAGGGGCAGUGCCUCGCCAGGGGGCGGGGAAGGAGAGAAACGACAGAAUGAAGAUGAGGAGGAUACAGGAAAUAAGAAACGGAAGAAGGAGGAUGCUGGACGGGGUCGAGGAGUGAGGGGAAACUCUACAGAGAAGAAUGUAGGCAAGCAGGCGGGGCGGGGCAGAGGAGCUCUGCUGGGCGGUGAUAGAAAAUCUCCCCCUGGGAGUACAAGAGGAGAUAACAGUCCAGCUCCGAGUCCUGGUAAAACAAAGCAAACUAAACCUGAUGGUGGGGGAGAGAGUGACGAAGAAGGGGAGAAGGGGAAGGGAGAGGGAGGAUUAAAAGUUCCUCCGCUUAAGAUUGUUCUUAACUCUGGUAAUAACUCCGGAGGACGGGAUGAGGAUAAAAAGAAAACCUCCUACAUUGUUAAUGCAAAUUCGGAGGAUGGUGAAUCCUCCGAAGGCGGAAAGGCGAAUGAUACAGAAAACUCCGCCACGGACGAUAAGACUGGAAACCGCGUUACUCGGAGUCGAGGCGGAAAUACCGACGAGGAAGGUCCGUCAGAAAUGACAGUUGAGGAAGAACGGAAACAGAACGAAUAUCAUUUCAAGAAACGGAAAAUGCGCAAUCACCACGAGGAAGCAAAUUCCGGAAACGACGGAAUGAACCGACCGAGCGGAGAACCUCUGACAGAUAUUGAGAAACAUCUAAACAUCCGGAAACAAAUUGAACAGAGGCGGAAGAAUCUAUUUCCGGUUCAACCUAAACCUCCCCAGGGGUUCAGGGAGUACCUCAUGAACAAGAAGACCUACCAUCUCCAGGGUAACACAGGGAAGGAUUCAAGGAUCCAACCUAUACCUAAAAUUGCACCACCUCCGUCUCUGGAGGGACCCUUCAGAGAUUUGUUUCUAACUCAGGAGGAUGAAAGGUAUAAACUUCGGAUGAAGCAUUUGGUAGAGAAGGAAAAGCUUGUCCUUGCAGUAGAACAGGAAAUAUUGCGCGUGCACGGUAGAGCUGCAAGAGCGCUCGCGAACCAAUCCCUUCCUUACAGUGUGUGUACAAUUCUAAGGGAUAAGGAGAUCUAUACUCCCAUUGAUCCGAACCAGGAGGAGAAAAACAGGGAUAUCAGGAGCAGGUAUAACGGAAGAUUAUUUAUAUCCUGGCUCCAGGAUGUUGAUGACAAGUGGGAGAAAAUAAAGGAGCAAAUGGUUCUACGCCACCAUAAUGAAGCUGAGAGUUUAAAUGCUGUUCAGAAGAUGGACUGGGAAUGGAAGCUCGGAGAAAUACCUGGAGCUAAGAAUCGUCCGAGUGCCGACGAUCUACAUGUACCGAUGGUUCAAGUCAGCGACGAUUUCAACCAACUUCUCUCCUAAAUGUAUGAAGCCUGUUUACUGUUUAUGUUUUAUAUACCUUCGUUUAAAAAACCAAGAUCUCCCGCCACUGUUGGCAAUAUAUAGAUUACCUGGCUUAUCCUUCAUGUGUACCUUUAUAUUCAAUUAUACUUCAUUGAAAACUUC